AUGUAUUUGGUUGGUCUCACUGGCGGCAUUGCCACCGGCAAAAGCAUGGUCUCGAGGAUUUUCUCAGACAGUGGAAUACCGCUGUUAAGCCUGGUAAACCGGCAUAUCGGAAGUUACGGAAGCACUUCGGCGACGAAUACUUUGAUGCUGAAACCGGCGCGUCACGUGGUAAAUUCGAUUACGCAUCCGGAGAUACGUAAAGCAAUACUAUUCCGCGUGCUGCAACAUUUCUUCCGCGGAGAAAACUACGUUGUUUUAGAUUUGCCCCCGGAGGACCUUCAGAUACAGCGGCUCUGCGAACGUGAUGGCAUCGAUGAAGAAGCUGCUCGAGCACGGAUUCAGGCUCAAUAUCCGAUGGCAGUAAAACGCCGUCAGGCUACCCACAUUGUGAAUAACGGUGGCACUGUACAGGAAACACGAGCUCAAGUCCAUGCACUAAUUGAGGAACUGAAUAAGUCCAGAUUGCAUUUGCUUGGUGGCACCUCUGAUGAAGAUUGCGAGGGAGAUGUGCAAGGAGGGAGAACUGCUUGCUUAUCGGCGAUCAGCGCCAUGCUGCUGCACUUUCGGCCGAACAUUUGUGCGACGACCUUCAAAAUCGUUCAUUUUAAUUGA